GAAACAGGGCGCAUUUCCCACCUGGCAGAGCCAAAUCCCGUCUCGCCUCUGCUGUCAAGUGCGCCUUCCUCCUCUUAUCACCAAAACGAAAAUUAAUCCAAGGGAGGGAAGAGGAAAAAGAGAAGAGAUAGGAAGAGGGGGAGAGAAAGAGAGGCAUGGGAGAUCUCUUUAUAUGGCUUAUUUCUUUCUUCAUCCUCAUUGCCCUUCUCGUUCUCCUUGUUUAUCAGGUCAAAUUCCCCUCUUAAACCCUAGAAUCUUUGUUUCCCUCUGUUUUUUCUUUGCUGGGUCUGCUUGUAUUUUUGUUUCAAUCCCUUCUUUUGGUUAAAAUCAUAAGCCCAAGAUGCUUUGCUAUUGGCUUGGUUUGGUGGGUAAUGAUUGUUUAGUUGAUUCUUCAUUUUAGUUUCAAGAAAAUCACUCAACAAAUGCUAAAGAAUUUGUCUUUGUGUUCAGAAAAAGGGAUAAAGAAUUACUAGUAUUUUCAGAUUGCAGCUAGCUGGCUCAUGUGCCUGGCUGAUCUAGAGUUUGAUUACAUCAAUCCUUAUGACUCUUCAUCAAGGAUAAACAAAGUGGUCUUGCCGGAAUAUGUCCUGCAAGGAUUUUUGUGCUUAUUCUACCUGUUAACGGGGCAUUGGGCCAUGUCACUCUUAUGUGCUCCAUAUUUAUACUACAAUGUGAGACUUUACACACGGAAAGAGCACCUGGUGGAUGUCACAGAGAUAUUUAACUUGCUCCAUUGGGAGAAGAAGCAACGCCUAUUUAAACUCGCCUACCUCGUUGUUCUCCUCUUCUUUGCCAUAUUCUGGAUGAUCUGGUCCGCGUUAGAAGAUGUAGAAGAGUAAUGGGAGACAAUGGCCUUUUGAACUUGAAGUAUUUGUUGCUCUAAACUGCUACCGUGCAUCGGCCAUUCACACUGCUCUUUUUCAAUCUUUUUUCAGCUGUGUCUGUUGUAACUGAUAUAUUAUAGCAUAAAUUUCAGGGUUGUAUGAUUGUGAGAAUUUCAGUUGAUUUUUAGUGAAAUAUAUUUUUCAGGCAUCCGGUAUUUGUUAUUGAGGACUCAGUUUGCCUCGUGCUUGGAUUUCUCAAACAAUGAGCCUUUUCAAUUCCUAAUUUAACAAGAACAAACUCUGCUUCUUCUUCA